UUGUCUAAAGUUCAAUAAUAUGUAAACCAAUAUAUUAUUUUUUUGAUUAUACAUAGAAAAAUAUGGGUCAUUUACAAGUUUUUAUUGUAUCAUUUUUGUCAAUUUCUUGUGUUAGUAUUUUCAUGCCAAACUUGGUAGCUGCUCAACUCAAAACCAAUUUUUAUGCCCAAACUUGUCCUAAUGUUGAAUCCAUUGUGCGUAAUGUUGUUAACCAGAAAUUCAAACAAACGUUUGUCACAAUUCCUGCUGUUCUUCGCCUUUUCUUCCAUGAUUGCUUUGUCGAGGGUUGUGAUGCAUCGGUGCUAAUAGCAUCAACGUCAGGAAACACAGCAGAAAAAGAUCACCCAGAUAAUCUUUCAUUGGCUGGAGAUGGAUUUGACACAGUUAUCAAAGCAAAAGCGGCAGUUGAUGCGAUCCCAAGUUGUAAAAAUAAAGUUUCCUGUGCUGAUAUUCUUGCUUUAGCCACUCGAGAUGUCAUUCAACUAUCAGGUGGACCAGGGUAUGCAGUGGAAUUGGGAAGAUUAGAUGGGUUGACAUCAAAAUCUUCAAAUGUGGGGGGAAACUUGCCUAAACCUACUUUCAAUUUGGAUCAGCUCAAUACAAUGUUUGCCUCUCAUGGUUUAAAUCAGGCCGAUAUGAUUGCCCUUUCUGCUGCCCAUACUCUUGGAUUUUCUCACUGCGACCAAUUCUCGAAUAGAAUUUUCAACUUUAGCCCUAAAAACCCAGUGGACCCAAGUCUAAACAAGACAUAUGCAGCCCAAUUACAACAAAUGUGUCCAAAAAAUGUGGACCCAAGAAUAGCCAUCAACAUGGACCCAAUAACACCUAGGGCUUUUGACAAUGUGUAUUUCCAAAACUUGCAAAGAGGUAUGGGCCUAUUCACAUCAGAUCAAGUUUUAUUCACAGACCAAAGGUCCAAAGGUACUGUUGAUUUGUGGGCCAGUAAUUCUAAAGUUUUCCAAACCGCAUUUAUUAAUGCGAUGACUAAAUUGGGCCGAGUUGGUGUGAAGACGGGUAAGAAUGGAAAUAUUCGUAUAGAUUGUGGAGCAUUUAAUUAAGAGCUUCUUACGUAACUGUAUAAUGGAGAGAGUGAGAAAGAUGAAUGAUUUGAUUGAAGUUUGCAUGGCUUGUGAAUGACAAGAAAAGAUCGCAAACUAGAAUUUAGUUGCUUUGCUUUAAUAAAAUGGGACCAAGUUCCUUAAUCAUUUCAUUAGGUGGGUGAGUUAUGUAAUAAUGGAAUAAGAAUAGGGGCUUGAACUUCAACUUUAAACAACCAGGGUAUAGGUAACGUGUAUACUUGUAAACCCAUUGAUGUUUGCGGUGAAAUUUCAGCUUCUCAAUUUCGAUUAA